AGUAAUCAGAUAGCUACAGAGAGCACAGCGGCGGCCCGGUAAUAACUGCUGCUUGUAUCUGCGGUUCAGUCACAGUUGAAGACUACUAAAUAUUUUGCUUUAUGGAAUAUACUGUGGAAAAGGGUAGAUUUCUAAUGGGUCUGGUGAAUAUUCUACCACGUUGAAACAACCAUUGAAUGACGCAGAUUUACAUAAUUAUGACUUCGAAAUAAUAGAAUAAGAAUAGUUUAUAUCGAAAUGGAGAGAGAACUAUCAUGUGCAGUCUGCAUGGACUUAUACAACGAUCCUGUAUUAUUACCCUGUGCUCAUAGUUUUUGCAGAAAUUGUCUUAAGGAUUCAAAACUGGACGAAAAUCAAAACCGAUCACAGGGGAAGGAUAGUGAAGAACGCUUGGUAGCUCCAAUAGCCAAGCCAAGAAAGGAAAAGAAUCUAUACUGCCCUACAUGUCGCAGCGAAGUUCAACUGGAUUACCGUCGCCUCCGUGGUUUGCAGAAAAAUUUCCUUCUGGAGAAUAUCGUGGAGCGGUACAAGGAGUCGCGAAGUUCUACCGGCGAUAUAGAGAAAACCGUGCCUUGUCAAGGAUGCGACGGAGAACCAAAGCAAGCCGCAAAGUCUUGCAUCGAAUGUCGAGUCUCAUAUUGCGACGAAUGCUUACUUAUGUGUCACCCGCUCAGAGGGGUUUUAGCUAAGCACCGUCUUGUCGAAGCUAAGUUCAACCCUCAGCAACAGCCUCUUAUAUGCCCUGACCACGAAGAUGAGAAAAUUAAAAUUUACUGUGAGAAUUGCAGAGUCCCUAUAUGCUUUUUAUGCGACCGUAUAGGGGCACACAAAGGCCACCAAGUUGCGGAGCUGAAGACCACCUUUGGGAGAGAAAAGGAUAUACUCUCCGAAGAGGUGGACGGUCUGAUGAAAAAAAAUGAAGAAAUACGAUUAUUUAUAUCAGCCUUAAAAAGGAAAUGUUCAAAUGUUGAAAGUAAUGCUGAUGAUUUAAAACGCCAGAUCGCAAACGAAUGUGCCCAGCUCGAGGCCCUGAUUCUCGAACGUCAUCACGCGAUGGUGGAACACGUGACAUCAUCAAUGACGUCAAAACUAGAUGUUCUAAAUCAUCAAAUACGAACUUGCCAGGAUAAAUUGGAAUCAUCUACGGGACUUGCAGAAUACGUAACAGAGGCUUUGAAAGAAGAGGAACCGGCGUCAUUUCUAUUGACUGCCAAGUACAUGCAAAAUAGGGUCAAAUGUUGCCGUGAAGCUUGGCCAACAAUGCAAGCUGGUGUCACCGAUCAUUUCAGCAAUCUUGAGAUAAAUCUUCAACAUCAGAAAAAGGUGAUUUCAUCAAUGACAAUAAGGGAACUUAAAGUGCCACAGACACCAGAAUUUGACAGCCUACGUUGCGUCACAAGCACCGACAAGGUUGUGCUACGAUUCAAAUCUUCUGAGGAUUUUAUUGAUGGCUUCGACAUUUGGUAUCGACCUGCCAACGACGGCCAGUCCUGGGAGCACGGGUAUGUCGAAGGAAAAGUUGAUGUGGAAUUUACGAAGCUAGUGCCCUCAACGGUUUACCAGUUCGUCGGUGCCGCGCGAAACAAGGCUGGCCAAUCGACGAAGACUGCUAUAUUCUCUUUACAGACGAAGAGUGAAGCAUUGAAGUUCAACAUCGAUGUAAACUUAUUACCGAACGUAAUGAGAAUUUCUCCAGAUGGGAAGUUCCUGAGCACCGUUGAAAGAAUAUCACCGAGUACUCAAGGAACCUCGUAUGCCGUAGGAAAUGUUUCUUUAAUGAAUGGUGUCCAGUAUUGGGAGGCUAGUCUACAUCGUCUACGACAAAGUAGCAAUGACAAAUCAAACGAGCGUUUAACAUCAAACGCCCCGGCCAUUGUGGCAUCUGUUGGGGUAGUAGCGUCGAGCUCGAACCGAUCAUCAGCCCUCGGAAUGGACAAUUCCUCGUGGGCACUAGAAGCUACAGACGAUGGGCAUUUCCGCUGGUUCGUCACCAGGGCAGCGCAUACGCAACUCAGCCAUGCCAGCUCUCAUGUUGGAAUCAUGGUAAAUUAUUCGAAAGGAUGUUUGAUGUUUUUUGAUCAGAAAACCAAGAGUCCUCUGAUGAAGACCCCUCUGAACCAGAACGUACAUCUUAUCCCCGGUUUUGCAGUUUACAGCCCAUUGUGGCAAAUGAAGAUUAUCACCGGGUUACAAUUACCAGAGAGUACCUUGUCGAAUAUUAAGAUUUGAGGUUGAAAUAAGUUUAUCGAUUUUUGAUGGCAUAUAAACAAGUUUAUUUAAUAAAGCAAAUAGUUUAACAUUUACAAGGCCUUUCCUAGCCAAACAGUUGUGGCGGGGGAGUAAAGUCUCUCGUCUGAGCAAUUUAAGUGCGCAUUACCUCUCGGUCUAUGAAAGCGAAAUACGGUACCAAUAUAUUUUUACACCCUCAGCAAAUAAUAUAUAAUCAAUUUCUUUGGAAAAUGAAAAGUGGGUGUGAUAGCCUUCAAUGUACUUUUUAAUAGCCUGUGUGCUUUCCCAUGUGACUAUCCCCGACAAUGACAGCCGCCCCCGGCAAUGUUUUAUUGCAAACUACAGUGUAUCAACAAAUUGGUAGCCGUACCCAUUAGUGCAAUGGGUGCGUACGCCUACCUCCCUUUCAUUGAAACUGAUUCUCAUCUGAUGCAAAAUAAAGUCAUUAAAAAAAAAAUACACGGAAGAACAAAAUAAGAAAAACACGGACAACAACAAAUAAUUAUUGGUCAAAAAUUAAUUUUUAAUCAAUCCUCUUCAAAACGUCUGUAAACAUUAGUACUAACAUGUAGGCAUCGCCCUUAGCACAGGCCCGUAUUUAGGAAUUUCAAUGGGUUGGGGGGGGGGGGGUUCGGCUUGAGACUAUGCGGAACUCCUUAUCAAAAAUCAAAACCCACAUACUUCUUCUUCUCUCCCCUAA